AUGUCUUCUGAAAAUCCUAUGACUGUAUCUGAUAAUCAAAAUCAAUCAUCUGAAAAUACUGAAAAACUCAAGGAAAAUGAAACAACCCCUUCCGAACAAAGUCAUCGAAUAACAAUGCCACAAGAUAUUCGAUAUUCAACUGAACAAAAUGAUCGUGACAAAUUAAUAAAAAAAUAUAAUAACUAUCAAACAUCGGAUACAAAUGCUUGCAAUAUACGGUUUUUAACUGAUAAUCGACAAAAAAAAAGUUUAUUCGGCCGACAUGAAGAAGAAAAUUCAAGUUUACAUUCACUUGCUAAAGCAUUCAAUGUAAACAUAUUUUCUGGUUAUCAACAGACGGCAAAACAUUCAUAUAAAAUCUUUGGUACAGAAAGUAAUAUGCGCAAAUGUCUUAUUGAAAUAAUGAAUCGAAUGUUUAAACGAUCAAAUCGAUUGACACAACAUGAUCAUAAUGAAAAUCGUAAUCAACAAGGAACGCCUAAUACUGAAAAGCUUCAGGAAACAGAAGUUUUAUUAGAUACAGAAGCUAAUGAUAAAUCUUCUCCUUCAACAUCAUCAUUAGUAACUACAACCAAUCCGGAUUCCUCGACUAUUGAAGAACAAAAAUUAGUUACACCGACAACACCGAAUAUUGAACAGAUUCAAGAAACAGACGUAUCAACUGAGAACGACAAAACCGAUAAAAAAUCUUCUCUACAUUCAACAUCAAUCAAUCCUGAUUCAUCUAUAACUGAAGAAAAGAUACCUAUUGAUUCUAUUUUACCAACUACAAACGAAGAAAAAAAUGAUAAUAUCGAACCAGAACAAGUCAAAUUUAUACCACUUGAACGCAAACCUCAAUACACAUUUGUCAUGCUUAUUUCAAGUCAAGGACAAGAAGUACUUAAAAAAAAUUGGAGUUUUUUUGCGGGAUCAUUACAACAACGUUUGAAUGUCGUCGUUAUGAAUCCUGUUAAAUUGCCUAAAUUUGGUGAUAAACAAAUUCAAAGUGAACUCUCAAUAACCGGUGAAUUAAUUGAAAAUUUAACUGAUGCUUGUCUACAGAUUUCUGCUUUUAUUAAUGAUGUUCUCGGAAUACCAAUUCAACCAUAUAAACAUGAUGACGAAUCAGCUAGUCAUGAAAAUAAUCGUUAUCAACGUCAGAAAAAUGAUAAUCUUACUUAUCGUUCAUCACCUUCUCAUUAUCAAGGACAAUCAUCAUUCAAUAACUAUCAUGGGCGAACGUUUUUCAAUCGUAAUCGUAGUGAUAUCAUCGAACAAGUUAUUCUUAUAAGACAUGAUUGUGUUUCACGUAUUGUUGGUAUACGAGCUUCUAAUUUAAAACGUAUUCAAACAAAAUGUCAUUUACGUGAUAUGAUUGUUGGUCGACAAGCAAAUGAAAAUGGUUAUAUUGAAUGUACAUUAUCGGCUUAUCAAUCACGAAAUAUUAAUUUUGCUAUUGAUACAAUACGCAGUUUCUUAAGAAAUGAAGAUGAUAGUGCUGUAAUUGUUAUUGAAUCCAAACAUGGUGAUACUUCAUUACAAGAUUCACCUCAUUUACAUGAAUUGGCUCCUCCUAAAAUUGAAUAUUCUUCAACAACAUCAUCUGAAUUAUGUCAAUCAAAUCAAGAAACAGGUUUUAUGACAAAAUCUUUAAAUUUUGGUAAUAAUAAUUCUUAUCCUCAGCCAUCGUAUAAUUUUCAAAAUACACCAUCGUUCGAUUUUACUCAUCAAGCAACAUCAGCAUCACGUAAAACGGAUAAACGUCGAGGAGAAUUACAUGAUCAUAAUAAAACACCAAAUGAAUCUCAAAAUCAACAAUAUGAUAAUUUAUCAUCAUCAAACUAUUCAUCAAAUUCACCAAGACAUAAAUCAAAACGAUCAUGUCCUGAAACAAAAGAAAUUGAUUGUACAACAGAUGAUGGAUUUUGGGUUCAAAAACAACAUUACUAUGCAUUAGAUGAUACAUCGAAACAAUUAUUUGAUUCAUUAAUUGAUAAAUUAGAAAAAAUUCGUAUUGCUACAGAAGAAAAUGCUGCAAGAAAGCAACAACGUCUUGUUGGAAGAAAUAGAUCAAAUAAAACAAGAAUUCAUUCAUCAUCUCUUUCAUAUUUAAAUGAUGAUAAUAAUAAUCCUAAUGAAAAAGAUUUAAUGAUAAAAUCAACACAAAGUGAAAAUAAUAUUAAGAUUGAUCAAUCGGCUGAUGUAAAUGAAGAAAAAGAAAAUAACCAAGAAACAACAGCAGUUAUCAUUAAUCAAGAUUAA